GUGUGCUACUUUGAGGGUUACAUUCACAAUUUUAAAUUUUUUUCUUCAUCGCAUAGUCAUCGUCGUGGUGUCGUUCUUGUUAUCGUCGUCGUCGUCGCCGUGUCGACGUAGUUCUUCAAGUUCUUUCAAAUCUAGUACUAAAAAUAUUCAAAAAAAAAAAAAAAAAAAAAAAAACUAUAUACCUAUAGUAGUUAUAUAAAGAUAUCUACAUAUAUAUAAUUUAACUGCUAAUUGUGCCGCACAGUGGCAGAAACAAGUAGCUUUUGACAGCUCUCAAGUCUUCGGUAUAGAAGGCAAACAGCCAACAGUGCUACUACGUUAAUGUUACUCUAGUACUCCUCAGUGAACGACGAAUAGAAGAGGUACACACGGGGCAUAACUAUACUAACUGUGGAUACUGCAAUCCAUAUUCUAUAUCGUGUAAACAUACGCACAUGCUUAUAAUUUGUUGCGAAUUACCUCUCAUUUAAUAAAUAAAAGAUAAAUUAAAAAUAUCAAACUGAUUGGAUCGGCCGGUUUGCAGCACCCGUUAACACGGGAUGGUAUUGAUACGUUUUGGAAAAUGCCGCAUGCAGAGCACAUAAUGCAUGGCCAUGCGACAUCGGUUAGUCAAAGUGCACUUUUUGGUUGUUCAACAGCUGGCCAUAGUGGUAUUAACCAGCUGGGGGGUGUCUAUGUUAAUGGGCGCCCCCUACCCGAUUCAACGCGACAAAAAAUUGUCGAAUUAGCCCACUCAGGAGCGAGACCAUGUGAUAUAUCACGCAUAUUACAAGUAUCGAAUGGAUGUGUUAGCAAAAUUUUAGGCAGAUACUACGAAACAGGAUCAAUUAAGCCACGAGCAAUUGGCGGUUCAAAGCCACGUGUUGCAACGACACCGGUUGUACAAAAAAUCGCCGAUUACAAACGUGAGUGCCCGAGUAUUUUUGCAUGGGAAAUUCGUGAUAGAUUGCUGUCGGAGCAGGUCUGCAAUAGCGAUAAUAUACCAAGCGUUUCAUCAAUCAACCGCGUUUUAAGAAAUUUGGCCUCACAAAAAGAACAACAAGCCCAACAGCAAAAUGAAUCGGUAUACGAGAAGCUGCGUAUGUUUAAUGGGCAAUCAGGUGGAUGGGCGUGGUAUCCUAGUAAUGCACCGGCGGCACACUUGGCACUACCACCAACACCAGCAGCUACAAACCUUACAGGGCAAAUAACCAGGGACGAAUUACAAAAACGUGAUAUCUUUUCCGGGGACGUCUCGCAUCCGAACUCGCAUGAGAGCACGUCUGAUGGAAAUUCCGAUCAUAACUCGUCGGGGGAUGAAGAUUCACAGAUGCGUUUACGUUUAAAAAGAAAAUUGCAGCGCAAUCGAACAUCAUUUACCAAUGAGCAAAUUGACAGUUUGGAAAAAGAAUUUGAAAGGACCCAUUAUCCAGAUGUAUUUGCAAGGGAGAGAUUAGCUGAAAAGAUCGGUUUACCAGAGGCACGUAUUCAGGUUUGGUUUUCAAACCGGCGCGCUAAAUGGCGACGAGAGGAAAAACUACGAACCCAACGUCGUUCCGUUGAUCAUGUUUCAAGUGGCAAUGGAUCCAGUGGAACAGGUGGUACUGGUGGAAGUGCCAAUGGUGGUAAUAAUGGUACUGGUGGUGGCGGUGGAUCAGCAGCCAAUGCAUCAAAUAAUAAUGUUGGUGAAAAUACAAAUGGCGGAGGUGGCGGUGGCGGAGGAGCUAGCAGUAAUGGAACUGGUGGUACAGCUUCAGACGUUAAUCCUAGCGGUCAUACGAAUUCAGCAAGUCCACUUUUACAAGCGGUCGCACCUCGUUUGCCACUUAAUUCAGGUUUCAACUCUAUGUACUCAUCAAUUCCUCAGCCUAUUGCGACAAUGGCGGAAAAUUAUAGUUCUAUGACAUCAUCGCUUGGUUCAAUGACAACCUCAUGUCUUCAGCAGAGAGAUAGUUACCCGUAUAUGUUUCAUGAUCCGCUCUCUUUGGGCUCACCUUAUGCAGCGCAUUCACGUACACCCUGUAAUCCGGCUGCAGCCCAUCAGCAGCCACCACCACAGCAUGCAGCAUAUGGUGGUGGUUCUGGUGCGAGUAGUACUGACCCCUUUCAUCCCUCUCUUUUCUUAGGUGUCAUCUCUGCCGGAGUUUCUGUACCCGUACAAAUCCCAUCGCAAGGCGCUGACCUUGGCGCCAACUAUUGGCCACGGCUCCAGUGAUCCGCACUUUUUGGGCUGCCUCCACAAAUUUUAUCGCAGGUUAGCCCAAUUGCUGCCCCUGGAUCACCUCAUAGUACAACAACCACCAAUAACAUCAAUACAGGAUCACCUCAUCCGACCUCAGCAGCACCAUCCACCCCACCAUUAGGUCUAACAAAUAACAACCAGCACCACCUUCAUCUUCACCAGCAGCAGCAGCAGCAGCAACAACAGCAGCAACAACAACAACAACAACAGCAACACCACCUUGCUCAGCAACAACAACAUCACCAUCAUCUAUUGCAACAAUCUUUACACCAUUCACAGCAACAUCACCCCACCACAAAUCCAGCUUUGCUUCAUCACACAAUUCAUCACAGUGAUCCACAACAGCAUCCACACGAGGAGGCACCAUAAGUAAAAUGUAACAAAAUUUUUAAGAAACGAAUUUAAAACUAAAAAAAAAUAUAUAUAUAUAUAAAAUUAUAUUAUAAAAAAAAAAUAAUACACAAAAAAGCAUCAUAAUUUAAUUUAA